GGUCACACUGAUCGUAAUUUUUGGAUAAAAUCAGUUUAUUUGUGAUUCAUUCAUUUAUUCGUUUAAGCAAAUUAUAAUAGCAGAUAAUAUUGAAGGCUUUUCGGUGUUAAUUUAACCAAUUCACACGGACAUACACACACACACACACGCACUAGCUGCAUUUGUUAUAGAUCCUAACUCUCGCUCUCUCAGUAGAAGAAUGGCAGCCGAGAUAAAACCAGCGCAACGCAGCAACAACGAUCGCUUUUUGUCGACAAAAAAGCCGGAGUUGCUUAGCAAAUUAGAGGGCAGCGGUGACGAUGUAAAUGCAGCUAUUUUAAUACCGGGCGAAAAUGGGGUCAUUAGCGUAUCUGACGACAAAACUGUUCGUGUGUGGCUUAAGCGUGACUCUGGACAGUACUGGCCCAGCAUUUGCCAAUAUAUGCCAUCGGGCUGCACGGCCAUCGAAUACGUGCCGGAGCAACGCCAACUUUACAUUGGUCAGGACAACGGCACCGUCACCCAAUACACACUGUCCGAGGACUGCAAUCGCUUAUCAUUCAUGCGCGACUACUUGUCGCAUCAGGGUCGCGUCGUAGCCGUCGUAUUCUCGAAAACCCACAACUGGAUACUCUCCGCUGGCAAAGAUAAACAGUUCGCAUACCAUUGCACGGAAACAGCGAAACGGGUGGGCGGAUACACGUUCGAGACGCCCUGCACAGCACUCCAGUUCGAUGCGUUGGCCAAGUACGCCUUCGUUGGAGAUCAUGCGGGUCAGAUCACAAUGCUGCGCUGCGAGGCACAGGGCGUGCAGCUUAUCACCACAUUCAAAGGACAUACUGCUGGUAUUCGCUGCUUACGAUGGGUUGAAGGACCACAGCUUUUGUUUAGUGGCGCCUGCGAUCAAUCUGUUAUUGUUUGGGACGUUGGCGGCAAGCGCGGCACAAUCUACGAACUGCAGGGCCAUAGCAACAAAGUGUCGGCACUAGCGUACGCGAAUCACACUCAGCAAUUGAUAUCGUGUGGCGAGGACUCGGUGGUCGUGUUUUGGGAAAUGAAUGCGAUGCGCAAGGAGGUGCCGGGCUGGGUGGAGUCCAAUAAUUGCCAGCUGUGCUCGAGGCCAUUCUUUUGGAAUUUCCGCUCUAUGAUGGAUCAGAAACAAUUGGGCAUACGACAGCACCAUUGUCGUCACUGUGGCAAAGCUGUUUGCGAUAACUGUUCAUCGAACCGUAUUAAUAUUCCAAUAAUGGGCUUUGAAUUCGAUGUGCGCUGCUGUGAUCCCUGCUUCAAGCAGCUGCAGACAGUGGAGCGACCCUCUCUGGCAGCCUUUCACGACGCCAAGCAUUCUAUUGUGCACAUGGAUCUGGAUGAGGAUCGGAAGCGUCUACUCACAGUUGGCCAGGAUCGGUUGAUCAAGGUGUGGGAUUUGUCUACCAUUUGGGCAUAAUAUUUAUUUGCUAUAUUAUAUACUAUCUACAAGGAUAGCAUGACUUCAAUUUCUAAAGAAAAUUAUAAUAUUGUAUUGUAUGAAACUAAAUAAAAAACAAAA